AUGCAGGCUCCGAACCGGACACAUUGAAGUGAAGCACUGCGGGACGCGGAAGCUGUUCUUUCUGAAACAAACAGAGGGAUGUGGCUGGUGACAGUGUUGGUGCCUCUGCUCAGGCUCUAUUUGUGCGGCAUGAAAGUGCUUCUCUAUCAGAUGUUCAACAGGUCUUUUACGCUACCAGUCCUACUCAGGCAGGAUGGAAGGGUUGCCAUUGUGACUGGGGGAACCAGAGGGAUGGGUUUUGAGACGGCGAGACACCUGGCAAGCCUUGGCAUGCAUGUGGUUAUAGCUGGGAACGAGAGAGAAGAGGGUGCAGUGGCCGUCAGGAGGAUCAAUGACGAAGUCAGCGAGGGGAAAGCUGAGUUUGUCUACAUGGACCUGACCUCCCUGAAGUCAGUACGACACUUUGUUCAGGCGUUCAAGCAGCGACGUCUCCCCCUCCAUGUGCUCGUUAACAAUGCUGGAACCAUGAUGGUUCCUGAGAGGCAGACGGACGACGGCUUUGAGUUCCACUUUGAGCUCAACUACCUCGGCCACUUCCUGCUGACCAACCUGCUGCUGGACACGCUGAAGAGGUCGGGACGGCAGGGCAGCUGCUCCCGAAUCAUCAACAUGUCCUCGGCCACACACUUCGCAGGAGUGAUGCACAUGGACGACUUGAACAGGAGGAUCUGCUACAGUUCCCAUGGCGCCUACUCCCAAAGCAAACUGGCUCUGGUCCUCUUCACAUACUACCUGCAGGAGCAGCUGACUGCCGGCGGCUUCCCAGUGAUCGUCAACGCCGUGGACCCUGGCAUGGUGGACACAGCGCUGUACGACAACCUGUGGACCCUCGCACAGACGCUGAAGAGACCUGUGGCCAAGAUCCUGUUCAGGACUCCAGCAGAAGGAGCGUCCAUCUCCAUCUACGCUGCGGCUGCCUGUGAGAUGGAGGGGGUGGGGGGCUGUUACCUGUACAACAGCCACAAGAUGCAGUCGUCCUCCGUUUCCUAUGACUCUGAGCUCCAGGCCGAGCUGUGGAAGAAGAGCUGCGAGCUGGUGGGCCUUCAGGAGGCCUGACUUUCCCAUUUGGAGCCCACAAAAUGUACUUCUAUGUUUUUUGCCUUAACUAAUUAUUACAUUCAUAUUAUGAAUCAGCUUUUAGAGUGCAAAACCCCACAUACUAAAGGCUUUAUCUUUAGUUGACAAUCCAAAAUGUUUGCUUAGAGCGUGUGGUAAAGAUUAGAAUUACUAUAAUUAAUAAGGCUAAGGCUUGAUAUAUUUUUCUAUUUAUAGAGAACAAAACAUCAAUCCACACACACCAUGCUGCUGUUGGAAAUACUCACUAAAGCACAAAAUGUGGAUUAAUCCGCCUCUGAAAUAGUCCCGAGCAAAUGCACUAUUUCCUUCUGUUUGAGUAACUUUGUUAUAAACUACAAUGAGCAGCUGUUUUAGUAACUUCUUAGGAAAUUGUCUUUUUUAAAGAUAAGAUAUGUAUUUGUGAACCAAGAAAGUACUGAGAGAAAUAAAGAAUAACUCCAGCCUUAACCUUUAGCAUUUACUUUGUUGAUCCAUUUAAAAUAUGUUAGUCAUAACUUUAUGAAUUACUGUCUAUCAAAUCUCAAUUCCAGUGUUGUUGUUCAAUGGAUACAUGUGCUGCUGCAUCACGAUAUGCCUCUAUGUGCCCUUUUGAGGGCCGCACAGUGUUUCCUGCCUGCUUAAAGUGAUUAUUAAUUUAUUUAACGUGCAGGUGUCCAUUCAGCAAAGGUCUGAGCGAACAGAUGAAGUCAAAAAAAGAUUGUUACUUACCAAAGUCAUCCGCCAAACUAAAGGCUGUGUUGUACUUUCCAUUAUAAAAAUCAUUCAUAUAAGACUGUUUCUCUAUAAUAUAAUCUAUACACUUCACUGUUUCACCAUUGUCCAUUUUAUUGAUACAGUAUAGUGCACACGUUUACCACGAUCACUGUGAAUGAUGCCUUUUUCCAGUGUGCAUUAAUGUCUAUUAUAUUUAUUAUAUCAACAGAUUAAGAUGUCAAAUGUAUUAUAUAUAUAUACUAUAUGUUAUUAAACUAAUUGCUUUUGAGAGUCCCAUCUA